AUGAAUAAGCGUAUAUUUUGUACGCUUAUCACUGAGACCAAAAGAAAAGGCAAGCAUCCCCUGAGGAAGUGUAACAAGAAGAGGAGAAAGGGAAAGAGGAAGGUUGAGAAAGAUGAUUUUCUGUUGGAAGAGGAAGAUUAUGUUGAUGAUGGUGAACAUAAAAAUGAUUUAGAGAACACAACUGAUCCAAGAAAGUGGUGGUCUUCAGUGAUAGACCAUUGUAAUGAGCAAGAUUAUGUUGAUUCUGAAGGAGUAAUAUUUGAGGAUGAUCUCAACAUCCUGUGUAGUGAUGAUGAGCACACUGUUAUAAAGAGCAAGAGUGAAUACAACCCUACUAACAAGUUUGAGAAAUUUGAGUUCAAGCUUGGGAUGGAAUUUCCUACCACGGAGCAUCUAAGGGAGGCUUUGAAAGAUCAAUUUAUUAACAGUAAUAUAACAUACAAGUUUGUUUUCAAUGACAGAUCUAGAAUAAAAGCCAAAUGCAAGGGUGAAGGUUGUGAUUGGUUUAUUUAUGGAAGAGUUCAGGGUAAUGAUAAGAAGACUGUUAGGAUAAACAAGUACGAGUCAGAACACCACUGUGGGAUAGUGUUCAACAACAAACUUGUGACAAGCACAUGGUUAGCCAAGCAUUUCUUGGAGCAGUUCAGACUUAAUCCAAACACAGACUACAAUGGAUUCAUGGGAAUGACCCAGAAAACAAAAUUCAGCAAUGUGUCACAAACCAUUUUCUACAGGGCUAAGGCUUAUCCAAGAAAUCUGGUGGAGGGUUCGGUUAAGGAUCAAUAUUUAAUCCUUGAUGACUACUGCAGGCAACUAAUGGAGACAAACCCAGGUAGCACAUCUUUACUUAAAACUAACCUUGUUGAUGGCCAAAGAGUAUUUGAGAGGGUUUAUAUUUGCUUGAAGGCUUGUAAGGAUGGGUUCAAUAAUGGUUGUAGGCCUUUGCUAGGACUGGAUGGAUGUUUCUUGAAAGGCUAUUGCAAGGGUAUUUUAUUGGCUGUUGUAGGUAUAGACCCAAACAACUCACAAUUUCUAGUGGUAUAUGCAAUUGCUGAGAAGGAGAACACUGAAACUUGGACUUGGUUUAUGAAUUUAAUAGUUGAGGAUCUUGGCAUUGAAAACCCAAGUAUUUUCACAAUGAUGAGUGACCGACAUAAGAGUUUGGAAAAAGCUUUGGCUGACAUUAUGAUUGGAAGUGAAAUCAGGUUUUGUGUGAGGCAUUUGCACUCCAACUUCAAAAAAGAACAUCCUGGUUUGAUAUUAAAACAAAUGUUAUGGGGCUGUGCACGGGCAACUACGCUUGUGGAGUUUACUCGAAGAAUGAAUGCUCUGAAAGAAGUAGAUGAGAAUGCUUACAAAUGGUUGCUGAAAAAGGACCCUAAAGAAUGGAGCAAAUCACAUUUUAGAGAAGCUGUGAAGUGUGAUAUGUGUCUUUACAAUCUUUGUGAAAGCUUUAACUCAGCUAUCAUGCCUGCAAGAGACAAAGCAAUUGUAACACUGUUAGAGAAUGUCCGAUUCUGGCUUAUGUGCAGAUUCAACACCAAAAGGGAAGAAGUUAAGAAAUGGGUAAAUCUAGUUGGUAGAAGGAUCUUUGCAAUUAUUAAGAAACACAAGAAAGUGGCCAUAGAAUGUUACUCAACAAUGGCUGGAAAUGCUCGGUUUUCAAUAACAUAUAAAGGAACAUAA